CUGUUGUGGGAGGCAAACUCAAACAAGGAGGAGGCUCUGAAUUCUCACCAACAACAACAACAACAAAACGAGCGAGAGAGAGCGAGAGAAAUUCUCGUAGCCUUCAAUCCCCAAAUUCGCCGAGAAAUCUAUAGAACCAUACCCAAACCAACCACAAUCAAUCAUUCAACCAUAGACCCUCUCUCUCUCUUUUCGCCAUCAAAAGCGAUCAUUGUCGGCUUCUUUAAUCUCUUCCCUCUUCCUUUGGAAUCAAUCCCUUUUCUUUUCCGAUUUCACUUUGUUUUUGUUUCCGAGGCCGACCCUUUAUCUUUCUUCGUCUCUUUCAUCCGCUUCCCUCUUCUUCUCUCUGUUUCUGUUCUUCUACAUUCCCCCCUUCACUUGUUCCACCAACUGGGUUCUUCUGCUUAGCUUUUGGUUUGUUGGGUUUCGGCGUCGGAGCUGCUUGGUUGUGUUGUGCGCAUCGCUCCGGCGUUUGAAUAAGCUUUGGUGGAUUCAUUUGUAUAUGAAAUGAGUUGGAACAACACGCAUACAGAAGUUCAUCAUGUUAAUACCCCUUAUCCUUAUAACACUGCUGGGAGUUUCCUGGAAUAUUUUGAAGGUCUUACCUACGAACAUGUAAAUUUCAUAUUUUCGGGCGCUUCACAUUCUCAGGAGACUGUUUAUCCUCCUCUGAAUUCAAACUUUUACAAGUUUGGGUUUUCAGAUUUUGGGAGUCCUACCUAUUACAACCCACCUCAAGCUUAUAGGGUGCAUGAUCAAGAGCCCAUAAUUUAUGAACAUAGGAGGCUAGAAAACUCAGCAACUCAGCCUGAUGUACAGAGCACAGUAAAUCUUGAGUUGGAAGAAUUUGCAAAUACUACAGCAUUUGACAACCAUGUAGAAUGUCCAAGAGGACGCCAUAAUUCACAUGAUUUUCAGGUUGUUUGGCAAGACAAUGUCGAUCCUGAUAAUAUGACUUACGAGGAAUUACUAGAGUUGGGUGAGACAGUUGGAACUCAAAGUCGAGGUCUUUCACAAGAAUUGAUCGCUUUGCUUCCGAUAUCAAAGUACAAAUAUAGUUUCUUCUCGAGGAAAAAAUCUCGUGGAGAGAGAUGUGUGAUAUGCCAAAUGGAAUAUAAACGAGGCGAUCGACGGAUCACUCUGCCAUGCAAACAUAUCUACCAUGCUGGUUGUGGAACCAAAUGGCUCAGCAUCAACAAGGCUUGCCCCAUAUGUUAUACAGAGGUGUUUGGUGAUACUUCAAAACACUGAGUGAGUGUGUUGAUUGUUAGAGGAAAGAAAGAAGAAGAAGAAGAAGAAGAAGAACAUAAUGGUGUUUGUAAGUUAAUUGUUAGAAAUUUUUGCGAGGAAAUUCACUUGAUUUUCUCUCAUAAAUUUGGGCACUUCAGUAAUCUCCCACUGCUGAAGUGAAUAAAACAUCAGUUGCUUGCUUGUAUUAGCUAGCUAGCUUGUAUCAGUGUUUGGUGUUUGGAUGUGUUAUGAAUCCUUGGCGGCCUCAAGAGCAGGGGCAAAAUGGGAAAUUAGAAAUGGAAAUAACUCUAUAUUUUAUAGGAAUUUUGUAAUUCAUAGUCCCCUUUUUUAAAAUAUUGCAUUUCUUAUAGUCA